AUGGACGGAAGAGCGCGCAACUACCCCAAUGGCUUGGGAGACCCCCGAGCUCCACCCAGCCGUCCCUCGACCGGAGGCGCAAGAGGCUCCCCCUCCGCCGCCAGCUCCACGUCCACCCCGUCGGCCAUGUCGCGCGCUGAGCGCUUCGACGACGAGCGCCGGCGCAUCACCGAGAGCUGCUUCUCCAAGACAGACGACCAAGGCCAGCUCCAAGAGUCGUAUAUCACGCAUAUCCGCGUCCAGGAAGAUGGCUCCUACCCCCAAUCCCCGCCGCCGCCCACGGCCCCCGCGUCGAACAAGAAGGCCCGCAUUAUCAUGAUCUCCGUCCGCAACACUGGUAGAGUCAAGUUGCACAAGGCGCGAGAGAAUGCAAAUGGCACUUUCUCGAUCGGCAAGUCAUGGCCGAUGGAGGAUCUCUCGUCCGUCGAGAACUACGUGCAUCUCAUCCCAAAGAACGAGGAAGAGGCGCAGAGGCAGAAAUGGGCAGGCGACAAGGGAUUCACCGUCACCAUAACAAAGCCUUACUAUUGGGAAGCUGGGACUGCGAAAGAGAAGGAGUUCUUCAUUGGAAGCAUGGUUAAGAUCUACAACAAGUACACCAAGGGCGAAUUCCCCGUCUUGAGUGGCUUUAGCACCAGCGAACUCAACACCCUGACCAACGGACAGCCGCAUCUGGCGGGAGCAGAGGGCCGAGCACCCACCACAGCUGGCGGGAGAGAGGAGCGCGAACCCCCACAACCACGACAGGCCACGCCAGAUCAACGGCCCAUGCCACCAAAAUCGCCUGGCAAAUCGCCAGGUCUUCCACCUCCAAGAAGGCCGCCAGGGGAAUCUCCUCCGAUGCUGCCAGGCGACGGCCGUAGAGGGCCUAUGCCAGGACCACCGGGCCCCAACCUCAGAAGACCACCUGGCGAGUACCCUGGCCCUCGAAGGCCUGGUGGACCAGAUGAUCAAUUCCGCAAUGGCAGUAGACCGGGUACAGGAGACGCCGGCCGCAGACCGCCGCCUUUUGCACCGAAUCCCAACACCCCGUCCAUGCCAGAUUUGAGAGCGAAGCGCUCCAUGGACCCGAGCAUACGAUCACGGCCUAGCGGAGACAGCAUGAGACCGCGGCCACCGCCUUUACAAGGCCGCGAGCCUAUGCCACCGCCGCCACAGCCAUCUUCCCAGAAUCUAACGCCCCAGUCAUCUAUGUCUGAGUUUGCAAGCCGCCCGAAGACGCCCGAUUCGGGUGGCUUCCCCGCUGGCCUUACACCUGGGCGACGCCAGAUGGGGGACGACAGUCAAUCGCAACGGUCUCAGAAAUCUGUAGAAGAUCUGUCUUUCGAUGCAGGGACUCCCACCGCCUAUCCCAGAAUUUACGGCGCCCCAAUGGGUUCACCUGCGCAGAGACGAGACGUAUCGCCACCAAGAUCAGUUCGUCCAACCACUGCUCAGAGCAAUGCAAGCUCGAAUUUCACGCGAAACGAGGACAUCGUGCCAGAAGAACCUCCCCAACGGAGGCGACCCAUGAUGGAGGCGAGGCCAUCAGAUACGUCUCAACGCAGUCUUGGCAGCCAGGGCGCAGACUCACGUAAUGAUGCUUUAAGCCCUGAACAGUCUCCAGCUCCGAUUGAAGUUCCCCCAAGAAGGCGACCUCAGGAAAUACCUGAACGACUGAGGCCAGCAGCUCCGCCUAGUGCUGUAGGUCCUCAAGACAGUCUACCUCCGCAACAACCGACGCCACCUCCAACAUCACCACUUCCCCAACUGCCCAUUGCGCCCUUGUCGGUUACAUCUGACCCUGCUAUCCAGCUAAAUUCAAGCGAUAAAGAAGUAGCAGAAAGCGUCACUGCUCCAACAGAUGAGACAGAGUCAGAGGCCGCCCAUCGACCAGGCAUGGGGCCAAUGAUAAAGAAAACUCUCGGAACGGCAGAGGCAGCUACCAAGUUCCGAAAGGCCGCCGCAGCUGCCGGAGCUUUCAAACCCCGUGCUGGUGGCGCUGCUGCUAAGCUGUUUGCCCCCAAAGAAACAAAGUCGUCAGAUGAACCGGAUGGAAUCAGUGGGGUGUUUGUUCCGCAAAGACCCAUUCCAAAGGAAGCUCCAAAGGAAGUUCCCAUGGAGGAGAGCAAGCAGCCCGACGACGCACCCAAGGCCAUACCAGACAGAGCCUCAAAGGAGCGACCGCGCAUCAGUACAGAGGUUGUUCCAUCUGUAACAAUAUCGUCUCCUCUAUCAGCGGCACCAGCUGCACCACUACUAGAGGAAGAGGAAAAGUCACUCGCACCCUCUUCCGAUAUUUCGACACUACAGACGAUCACCACAGAGCCUGAAGUACGACGCAAGAAACGGAGAUCUAACCAACAAAUUACAAACAUCUCGAACCUUGGUAUUGACCCAAGUCUAAUCGAUGAGCAAGGACUCGAGUUUGAGGGACUGCUGGCAGAACUCGGUUGGGGCAGUAGCGAGCUUUCAGCCAAGAACAUUGACUCGCUAGAAAAUGAUAUCAAGCGCGAGAUCGCUCGCGUCGAGGCAGGUAGUUGGCUGAAUCACCUGGAGCAAAAGGAUGAUCGCGUAGAGGCAGUUGAGCGUAUGCUCGAUCGUGCAAUUGCCGAGUGCGAUGAGCUUGAAGGUUUGCUCACACUAUACAAUGUUGAGCUGGGCAAGCAGAGCCUCAAUGACGACAUCGCUUUCAUAGAAGCACAGAGCCAAGGUCUCCAGGUGCAAACAGCAAAUCAGCGGCUCCUUCAGCAUGAGCUCCAGCAGUUGGUCGAUACCAUAUCGAUCACGUCUGAUCAACUGGAACCUUUGAGACGCGCACCUAUUGGCAAAAUUAAUGGCCUCAAAGACAUUGAGUCAUCGCUGGUGCUACUCUACAAAGCCCUGAUAACCAUCGACCCUUCUUUUGUCACAGGCAGUCGCUCAGACGGGGCGCUUAGCAAAAUCAACAGCAGUUCAGGUUUCGGCAAUAGCGAACUUGCCACGAUGCAGGCCUUGCAAGAGAAGCGCGACAGGUACCUCGGCGAGGGAGCGAUGUUCUUGGACCGACUGAAGAAGCACAUGGACAUCACCUUUGGAGCAGCUUUCAUGACCACAAGAGACGCUCUCACCAAUAUCGACCAAGGUUCUAUGCCUUCCCUGAAGAAGAACGUGGAAGCGCAUGAUGCAGGGCGCAAUGAACUGUGGAUGCUGAGCCCAAUCAUGCUGUUCGCCAAAGAGAUUGAUCGAAACUCUUGGGAUACUUUGCUUCGCAUGUACCAGACUCAGGCUGCCAAACUCUACCAGGAAGAGGUUCGUGACAAUAUUCUGACCUGGAGGAAGUUUGCACGCAGGCCAACUGGUGAGGAGCAAGACUUAUUGUUCACUGCCCAGGAGAAAGAGACGGAGAGCUUCACGGGUACUGCGAGAAAACUUACCGUCAAGCGUAGCCAGACCCUCGCGCGUGGCUUACGCUCAGCAUCUGGAGACAAAGAGACUAAAGCGAGCAAGACACAAGACGGCAAGCUCUACGCCUUUGAUGUCUUCUCGCGUAUCUUGGAAGAUACGGGCCCUGUGCUCCUAACGGAGCAGAACUUCAUCACCGAGUUCUUCCAUGCAACCUCUACCGAUGCUGUCGACUUUACCGACGCGGUACAAGCCGCUACGCCGGAAGCCCGACGCGGGCCAAAUCUUUGGAUUAGGAAGCAAUUCGAGGCCGAUCGAGCUAUGGCGAAACAUGUUACAGGUGUCAUGGAAGAGAUCUUCUCCUUUUGGCCCACUGAGAUCCAGAGCCUUGUGGACUGGGCCGUUCAGGCCGAUCCUUUGCAAGGCGUGGGCAUUCUAGGAGCAGUCGACCGGAAGCUUGUGGACAUCGAGGAUACUAACCAGGACUUCUUGACAAGGAAUCUACAAAAGAUACACGAACGGUUGAAGGGCCUUUUCAACCGCUUCCUUGACGAGCAAAUACGAGCCAUCGAAGACACCAAAGUGAAGAUCAAGAAGCGCAAGGGAGUGAUUGCGUUCAUGAAGACGUUCCCGCAUUUUUCUGCUGCCAUUGAGAAUAUGCUACCAUCUACCACCAAUGGAGGCGACCAACUUGAAGUCAGGCGCAUGGUCAACGAUGCCUACCAGAGGAUGAACAAGGCUAUGUUUGAAAGCUUGAAAGUGAUUGCCAAGGAAUCGCCCACGGUGACAGCAUCGCAAGGCCAGGGAGAUCCAGAAGACAAGGAAGCACUCAACUACCACAUCCUACUCAUUGAGAACAUGAACCACUACAUGGAAGAAGUGGACGCUCGAGACGAAUCGGUGUUAGAGACGUGGAAAGCCAAGGCUCACGACGAGUAUGCCGAGCAUAUGAACCUUUACGUUGAUGCUGUCAUCCGGAGACCCUUGGGCAAGCUUUUGCCCGGCGCCAGCGCGCAAUCCAUCGCGCAACGUUCAUCACAUUCACGCUCGGUGUUCAAGAAGCUUGUACACGGCCACGACUCAAAGGAACUCCGAAAGGGUAUCGAAGCCCUCAAGAAGCGCGUUGACAAGCACUUUGGCGAUGCAGACGACCCGACCAUCAGCCGCGAUCUCGUGUUCAAAGGUACUCAAAGAGUGUGA